AUGGUAUGGGGAGGCAUCAGUUACGAGGCUUAUACUGACCUCUUUAUCUUUGACAAAGCUGCAGUAAAUCUUCACAGGUACAUCGAAGAGUUUCUGCAAGAACAUGUCAUUCCUUUUGCCCCUUUUAUUGGCCAGAAUUUUGUUUUGAUGCAUGAUAGUGCUGGAGCCCUUGUUGCCCGUAGUGUUACUGAAUACCUGAAUGAGGUCGGAAAUCAAACAUUGCCGUGGCCCGCACGCAGUCCCGACCUCAGCCCGAUAGAACACAUAUGGGACACGACCUCAAAAGAUGCAUUAGAGCCAGGAUACUAG